AUGUUUGUAUGCUCAUGUCUGCAAUGCAUCCCUUCCUGGCCUGCUUUCGUGCCCCCUCCCCUGCCCCGCGGGUCCUUCCUUCCCGCACUCCCUUCCCCCCUCUGCAGCUCCUGCCCCACUGGUGCUGGCAGUGCGCUGGUGGGCACAUGGCACAACCUGGCGGAGUCACUGAGGAAAGAAGAUCAGCUGAUGGGGAGGCAAGGAGGCAGCACAGCUAACAACCCCGUUCCCCUCAUUUCCCCGUCCUCGUUCCCUUCCCUUCCCCUCUCCUUUCCCCUUUGCCAACCCUUCUGUUCGCCUUCAUAUCUCCCACCCCCCCCUCCCCUCCCAUUUCCCUUCGUUUUUCCUCCCCUUUCCCUCCCCUUCACCUCCCAUUUCUCUCCACUUUCCCUCCCCUUCACCACCCCUUCGCCUCACGUUCCCAUCCCCACACCCUCCCCUUUCCCUCCCCUUCCCGUCCCCUUACCCUCCCCCUCCCUUCCUCGUUCCCUCCCCUUGCCCUCCCCACCCCCUCUCAUCACAUUCACCUGA